UCCAUUAUCGACAGGUGAUUGUUUAGAUUAUUUAUUAUGUGAAGGUGAGGAAGUUAACUAUAUCCCUUCUAAGAAUCGUGAUUUAUAACUUCGAAGAUAAUGAUUCUUGAGUGGAGGAACAAUCAUCUAUAGAUAAGCGUAUAUAUUCCUGAUCUAUUCUACGCAAGAUCAUCUUCUGAAAGGACUUGAUUUGUGCACGGAAAGAUGAGAACUUGCUGCUUUGUGAUUUUCUGUGCGAGUCUUCUUUUUUGUGUUAGUUCGUUGACAGCAGAUCACAGCGCUGGCAACGACGUGGAAUCGGAUGUUCCGCAGAGACAUAGAAUAUUUAUUCCGUUUGCUAGGCCACUCAGAACGGAAAACGCCACUAACCAGAACAAAUCUUGCUCAGAUGACGACUUUCCCGAUUUUCUUUCGGAAGACCAAGUCAAGCAAGGUGGAUUCGUCCUGGUCAUUCUUAUAGGAGUAUAUGGGUUCACUCUACUUGCUGUAGUAUGUGACAAAUACUUCUUGCCAUGCGUGGAGACAAUUUGCGAAGUGUUGAAUUUAUCCCCGGAUGUAGCAGCAGCAACGUUCAUGUCGAUUGCAACCUCAACUCCAGAGCUGUUUACAAAUAUUAUCGGAACUUUUAUAACUGAAUCAGAUAUUGGAAUUGGUACGAUUGUAGGAUCCUCGAUGUUUAAUGGACUGGGUGUAGCAGCUAUUGGGAGUUUGGCAGCACCAUUUCCUCUUCAACUUGACUGGUGGCCCAUCACAAGAGAUGUUUGCCUCUACUCUGUUUCGGUGUCAGCUCUAGUGAUCAUCAGUUGGGACGAAAAUAUAUUCUGGUACGAGGCAUUGGUUCUGAUGAUAAUCUACGUCAUAUAUUUCACGAUAAUGUCCCAGAAUCGUAGAAUCUCGAAAUUCAUAAGAUCCAAAUUUAACGUGAACAAAGAACAAGCCGCUCAGACCGUGGAAGAGAAUCCGACCACGGUUCCAGAUGGGAGACUUUCUAUAAUAUCGGCUUACGGAUCGUACCUCGACGAUGUCAACAAACCAGGAUAUGUGGCGGAACAUAUCAAGACGCUGGAGAAACUUCAAGAGGAAGAAAAAGCAGAGGCAUCCAAAUCGCUUUUCAGAAAGCCCGAAGGAAGCUUAUUCCACAAAAUUAUUUUUUACUACACCUGGCCAAUACAAGUAGUUCUUAGAUAUACCGUACCAAAUCCAAAGAUCUAUCCCAAAUUAUUUCCCAUCACUUUCGUCAUGUGUAUCGUUUGGAUUGGACUGAAUUCUUACGUUGUGGCUUGGAUGAUAUCGAUUAUUGGUGCUCUGGUUGGACUCUCAGAUGCCGUUAUGGGUAUGACCUUAUUAGCUGCAGGAAGUUCUUUACCAGAAUCAAUUUCUAUGGCUAUAAUAGCGAGACGAGGUGAAGGAGCAUUUGGAGUAUCGAAUUCCUUAGGAGCCAACACCAUGAACAUCCUUUACUCGCUUGGAAUGCCAUGGUUCAUCAAGAACUUAGUCGAUGGAGCCAGCACGGCGCGACCAGUUAAAAUCCAUUCCGGUUCCAUAGAGUAUACAAUUCUCUCUUUGAUUUUCGUCUCCUUCUGCUUGUUCACGACGUUGGCCUGCAAUAAGUUUAGACUAUCUAAAUGUACGGGAGUGGUGUUGAUUACCAUAUACGUGACCAUGGUUGUUCUAGCCAUAUUAUCCGAGACGGUUUUCUUCGACAACGACGGCUGUUGAGAGAAGAAGGGAUGGAAACUAUUUGAGAUUUUUUGACGCUUAUUAGUACUGUAGGAUCGGGGGGAAGCAGUCAAUCGUCGGGUUGGCAAACGGAAGACAUAUUAGUAUUAUGGUACCUCGUCGAAUAUGUUUAUUGUGUAUGUUUCGGGUGUGAAAUCCCAAGAGGGAGUUAAACUCAAAUGUUGAAGUGGAUCAUUUAUAAAUAAGCACACUUCCUGAAUCAUAACGUGUAUGUAUCACGAGCUUCAUUGGAAGGUUCUUUUUUUAAAUUAUUCAUCAAUAUACAGUGCCAAAGAGAAAGGUUUUUGGAAA